AUGUCCCCGGAUCAGUACUUUGCUGCUCCAUUCCUGAAUUGCCGACCCAGAAGAGCAAGUUUGGAUAAGGACUUCCUUUCUUUUUCGUCUAUCUCGGUGGCGGCGCAAGGGCAGCAGGGGGGGCGGCCAGUGCCGGAGCUGAAUGACGUGGAGAGCGUGGGUGAGGAGAGGGACCGCUCGUUAUUGUCACAUGGGAGAGUUGGCGCGACGUUUGGUCAGGGAGGCGGGGAAGGGCAUGGGAUCACGGGGGUGACUCAAACGGGGGGAGGAGCAGGAGGAGGAGGAGGGGAAGCGGGAGCAGCGGGAGGGGGGAGGGGAGGGGGAAGGGGAGGGAGCAAACACAAGGAAGGGCGUGUUCGGGCGUCUGGUGGUGGUGGUGCUGCUGCUGGUGUCCCAGAUGUGACUGUAGAUGGAAGGGACUAUUACGGGGGUUCGGGGGAUGUAGUAACAAGUGAGGGGAGAGGGGAGGAGGAGGAGGGCGAGAGGGGAAGGAAGGACAGGAAGAGUGACCGGAAGGAGAAGAGGAAGAAGAAGAAGGAGAAAGAGGAGAAGGAUAAGGAGAAGGAGAAGGAAGGCAAGGAGAAAGGGAAGGGGAAGGGGAAAGGGAAGGGGAAGGGGAAGGGUAAGGACAGGCCGGGGCAAGAGGAGGGGGAAGACGGGGAAGAUGGAAUUGAGAUGUUGGCAGAUGGAAAGGCAGUAGCAUCAAUAGCAUCGGCAGCAGGGGAUGGGGAAAAUGGAAACAUACCCUUGGGCACUGGGGGUACUGCUGGCACUGGUGCUACUGCUGCCGGUGGUGGGGGUGACAGAGGUAGUGCGGAAGGUGGUGGCUUUGGAGAGACGGCUAUGGAUUCACUUGCAGGAGACACGGGGGGCGCUGCAGCCGCUGCGGCUGGAAACGAGCAGGGCGCAGGGUGGGGAGACGAGCAGGGCAUUGGGACGGGAGACGAGCAGGGCGCUGCUUCGGGAGAGGAGUUCUUUUCAGACAAGGACGUGCCAGACGUGUGGUCUGACUUUGAGUCCAAGCUGGCUCUCGACGGCCGGAAAGCUGCUGUCCGGAACGUGCUUCCUGGCGACUCCCCUUCCGCCUUAAGCUUUGGUCCGUCAGCCGUUGCUGCGCUACCCAACGGGCUUGGUGACCUGGACGAGCGGGUGAGAGACGAGCGCGCGCGGGAGGAGCGAGCGCGGGAGGAGGAGCGAGUGCGUGAGCUGCUAGCCGCCCAGGAGAAAGCCUUAAAAGAGGCGCACGCGAGGGAGAUAGAGGGGGUGAAGGCGAGGGUGGAGAGGGAGGUGCAUGAGCGGGUGAUGGCGGAGGUUGAGGAGGUGGAGGCAAGGGUGCAGCAGGAGGUGCAGGAGCGGGAGGCGCUGGAGGAGCAGCAGCGCGUGCGCGCGGAGGAGCAUCAAAGGGAGGUGUGGGAGCUGCAGUGCAGCGCAGAGGAGAUGCGGCAGCAGCACGAACAGCUCAUGGCGGAACUGCAGGUGGGCGCUGAGGAGAUGCGGCAGCAGCACGAGCAGCUCAUGGCGGAACUGCAGGUGUGUGAGGCGCAGGUGUAUGGGGGUGAGUGGGAGCUGCCGUGCAACGCAGAGGAUAUGCGGCAGCAGGACCAUCAGGAGCUGCGGCAGCUGAGGUAUGGGGGCGAGGAGGUGGAGAGGCAGCGGAGGGAGGUGGAGAGGGAGCGGGCGGAUGUGGUUCGGCUGCGCAAGGGCAUGGCGGAGAGCGUGUUUCAGAAGCAGCAGUGGGCGCUGGACAUGCAGGAAAUGGAUAAGAUCAAGAAGGAGCUGAAUGAGCUGAGGGCGCGAGAGAGGGAGCUGCAGAAGCAGCUGCGGAUAGGCUCGGGCUCUUCAUCAGAGAUCACAGCUCUCAAGCAGGUGGUGGCGUCCCUGAAAGCCCGUGAGGAGGAGGUGAACGCCAAGGAGGCUCUAGCCUUGGCGAAGCACAAGGAGGUGGAGGCGCUGCGCAAGGCACAAGAAAAGGUGGAGGUGGAGCUGGUGGAGGCGAGGCGCAUGAACAACGAGCUGCAGCUGCAGAGGCGGAAGAUGAGCGUGCAGCUGGCAGAGGCGCAGGCGCACAUGGAUAGGCUCAUAGCGCCCGAGAGCCAGCAGCUGAAGAAGGCACAGAUGGAAGCCAUGCUGCUGCGGCAGCGAGUGGCUGAUCUGCUCAGACAGGUCGAAGGCCUGCAGAACAGUCGCUUCAGCGAGGUGGAGGAGGUGGUGUACCUGCGGUGGGUGAAUGCGUGUCUGCGCUUUGAGCUGCGGCACAACAAGGCCAUGGCGGCCGGGGGCAAGGACUCGGCUCUCACCCUCAACAACAACCGCAGCCCACGCUCCCAGGACCGCGCGAAACACCUCAUGCAGCAGUUUGCGGACGGCUACCCCACAGGGGAACCCUCUGGUGCUGGUGGCCGUUACAACGACGAUGACUCCGACUCCCUCUCUCUCUACAACGACUCUGCCUCCUUCGCCUCCUCGCCUGACCGCGCCAGUGCUGCUGCUAAUCAUGACCAUCUCCCCUCGUUUGUCCCUCACCUUCCCCUUACACUUCCCUUUCCUCCUCUCCUUCCCAUUUUUCCUCUCUUCACCCCUCAGGACCGUGCAAAACACCUCAUGCAGCAGUUUGCCGAUGGCUACCCCACAGGGGAACCUUCUGCUGCUGGUGCUGCAGGCCGUUACAACGACGAUGACUCCGACUCCCUCUCUCUCUACAACGACUCUGCCUCCUUCGCCUCCUCGCCUGACCGCGCCAGUGCUGCUGCCACAGACGAGCCAUUCCAUUCCUCCCCGGAUAGCUAUGGGCGGGGCGCUGCUGGUGGGGGAGGAGCGGGAGGAGGAGGAAGGAAGGCGAGAACGCCUGGGCCUGGGACGGGAGGGAGAGGAGGAGGGUGGGGAGUGGGCGUGGGUGUGGCCGCUGGUGUGGGUGGUGGUGCUGGUGGUGGCGGUUUUGGGGAGGGUGGUGGAGGUGGAGGGGGUGCGGGUGUGGGAGGAGGAGCAGGGGGAGGGAAGGAUGCACUUGGGCGGACGAUGUCUCUGCAGGCCAUGUCACAGCAGGACGCAGCGAGCAAGCUCAAAAACUUCCUCUCCUGGCGCCGCAACAAGUCCUCAAGAGACCUCGAGGAUACUGCUGCUGCUGCUGGUGGGGGUGGUGGUGGUGGUGCUGGUGAUGGGGGUUCUGGGCACGGCACAGAGGAACAGGUGGAGGAGGAGGAGGAAUCGGAGGAGGAGGAGGAGGGGGAGGAGGAGGAGGAGGAGGCGGAGGAGGAGGAGGAGGAGGAGGAGGAGGAGGAGGAGGAGGAGGAGGAGGAGGAGGAGGAGGAGGAGGAGGAGGAGGAGGAGGAGGAGGAGGAGGAGGAGGCGGAGGAGGAGGCGGAGGAGGAGAGGGUGGAGAAUUUGGAGGGGAGGGAGGGCAGGAUGAGGAGAGGAAGGAGGCGAUUCUCCGAAAGCUCAAGAUGA